CUGAGAAUUUGCAGGGCUGCGUCGUCUCGUCCGCUGUGCUGGCCGUCGAGCCGGCCGCCGAGACUGCCUACGAGCCCAAGCCCGUGGAUUCGAUGGCCGAGCAGCUKGAAGUCGGCAAGGCUUUGCCGCCCACUUUUGUGAAGGCCUUCAGCGAACGCGAAGUCACCGAGGGACGCAUGACGCGUUUCGAUUGCCGUGUCACCGGCAAUCCCUAUCCCGAGGUAUUCUGGUUUAUCAACGGCCGUCAAGUGCGCGACGAUGCUUCGCACAAGAUUCUGGUCAACGAGUCCGGCAGCCAUUCGCUGAUGAUCACGAACGUGAGCCGUCUAGAUGGCGGCUCCGUUCAAUGCUUGGCCCGCAACAAGGCUGGUGAGGUGGCCAUCGAGGCGCCGCUGCAUGUGCUGGAGAAGGAGCAGGUUGUCGCACCACAAUUUGUGCAGCGCUUCAGCACGAUGACAGUGCGCGAGGGUGAGCCCAUCACCAUGAGUGCCAAUGCCAUUGGCACGCCAGUGCCGCGCAUCACUUGGCAAAAGGAUGGAGUACAAAUCUCAUCAACUGCCGAACGUUUUGUGGGCAUCGAUGGYGGCGCCACCUGCCUGGAGAUACCGCAAGUUAAGGCAACUGAUGCUGGCUGGUAUCAGUGUACCGCACAAAAUAUUGCCGGUUCCACAGCGAACCGCGCAAGACUCUAUGUCGAAGUUCCCAGAGAGCAACCAAGUCAAGAACAAAGGCGUCUUAAUCUACCAAGACCAACGAAAGUUAUCGAGCCUGAGCCAAUCCCUGGGCCAGAGAUUAUUUAUUUGCGCCAUGUGGAACGCGCCAAACCCCAUCCGCGUCCCGGCGAGGAGGAUCGCGUCUAUCCUCCGCCACAGUUCAUCAUACCAUUGCAGAAUGUGCAGCAGACUGAAGGUGGUCGAGUCCACAUGGAGGCGCGCAUCGAACCAGUCGGCGAUCCCAGCAUGGUCGUUGAGUGGUAUCUCAAUGGUCGUCCCCUGGCAGCCAGUGCACGCGCCACAUCUGUCUUCAAGUUUGGCUUCAUUGCUCUGGACCUACUGAGCAUUAUGGGUCACGAUGCUGGAGAAUAUAUGUGCCGCGUCAGCAAUGCCAGCGGCGUGGCUGAGUCGCGCGCCAUUUUGUCGGUGGUGCAGCGACCAUCCAUUGAGCAAUCGUCGCAGAAUCCGAACAGCUUGCAGUACAUCAAUCAGCUGGAGGAUUACUCUCGCUAUCAGCGCCAGGAGAGCUCAGAGGAGUUGAUGAAUCAAGCUCCACAAUUUAUACGUCCCCUGCGCGAUCUGGGUGAGUUCGAGGAGGGCAAGAAUGUGCACUUCGAGGCACAGGUGACCCCCGUGAAUGAUCCCAGCAUGCGUGUGGAGUGGUACAAGGAUGGCUUGCCAAUCACCGCCAGCUCGCGCAUCACGGCUAUAUUCAACUUCGGCUAUGUCUCCCUAAACAUAUUGCACCUACGCGCCGAAGAUGCGGGCAGCUACACCGUCCGUGCCGURAAUCGCAUUGGCGAGGCCAUCAGCCAGUCCACCAUUCGCGUGCACUCGCGCUCCCAGGUCACCGCCGAUCUGGGCAUACCCGAGCAGCAGCGUUACAUUGAGAAGGUGGAGGAAUUGGAGGACUAUCGCAAGUCUCAGCAGCGCCGCCAAGUUCAGGAGGCACCUGAGGCCAUUGCGCCACCCCAAUUCCAGACACCCAUCCAGAACCAACUGGACCUGCGAGAGCACGCGCAUGCGCACUUCGAGGCACGCCUCGAACCCAUUGGCGACUCGACCAUGCGCGUGGAGUGGCUCAAGGAUGGGCAACCCCUUGAGGCCAGCUCGCGCAUCACUACUUACCACAACUUUGGCUACGUCGCGCUGACCAUCAAGCAGAUAACCAUCUAUGAUGCCGGCACCUACACCUGCCGCGCCUACAAUGCCAUGGGCCAGGAUACAACCACGGCCCAGUUGACGGUCAUAUCGAAGAACGAGAUCGUCUCGGACACGCAGCAUCCGGGUGGCCUGCAGAAGAUUCAGCAUCUGGAGGACUCGUCGCGUUAUGGUCGCCGCGAGGAGGAAGAAACCUCCAUCACCCAGGCACCACGCUUCCUGGGCCCCCUCAAGGGCACCACCAAGAUCUUGGAGGGUCAACGCGCCCACUUUGAGGCGCGUGUCGAGCCACAGAGCGAUCUGGGCCUCCGCAUCGAAUGGUACCACAAUGGACGUGCCAUCACAGCUGCCAAUCGCAUCCAGACCUACUACGACUUCGGUUACGUUGCCCUGGACAUUUCUCAGGUGCGCGCCGAAGAUGCCGGCGUCUACACUGUGGUGGCUAGAAACAAGCUAGGUGAAGCUCAGUUGCAAGCAACGAUGGUAGUGGAAACUCGUUCCAACAUCGACACAUCUAGCAUGCAUCGCGGCCUCUAUGAAAAAACACAGAAUCUGGAGAACAAGCAAUUCGUCGAGCCCCAAUACGAUAUUGAGGAGAUCUCCAAGUCAAAGCCCGUCUUUGUGCAGCCGCUGACCGAUCCCAAGCCCAUUCACGACGGCAAGAAUAUUCAUCUGGAGUGCCGUCUCGAGCCCAUGGGCGAUCCCACAAUGCGCGUCGAAUGGUUCCAUAACGGACGCCCCGUAACCGUUGGCUCACGUUUCCGCACCUACUACGACUUCGGAUUUGUCGCCCUGGACAUCAUCAAGGCUACGGCAGCCGACUCUGGCGAGUAUACCGUGCGCGCCACCAACCACCUGGGCACCGCUCACACCUCGUCAUGUGUGCGUGUGAUUGAUCGCAGCGAUGUGGUGACCGAGACCCAGAACGAGCAGUCGCUGGAGCAGAUUCAGCUGCUUGAGGACUCGCGUCGUCGCCACCACCAGGAAGAGGAUAUUACCAUCAUGCAGGCGCCUCAAUUCACACGCGCGCUGCAUAACAUCGAGACCGUUGAGGGCACCAACGUGCAUCUGGAGUGCCGCCUGCAGCCAGUGGGUGAUCCCAGCAUGCGCAUCGAGUGGUUCGUCAACGGCAUGCCGGUAAAGACGGGCCAUCGCUUCCGUCCCGCCUACGAGUUUGACUAUGUGGCGCUGGACUUGCUUGGCUGCUAUGCCAUUGACUCGGGCGUCUACACGUGCCAAGCCCGUAACCAACUGGGCGAGGCUGUCACCUCCUGCUCCGUGCGCAUUAUUGCCAAGAAGGAUUUGAUUCUGGAGACUCAGAACGAGUCUGGCCUGCAAAAGAUUCAAUACUUGGAGGACUCCUCACGCUAUCGUCGUCAUGAGGACGUGGAUGAGGUGGUCAAUAUUCGCCCCCGCUUCCUGACCCAUCCGAAGAGCCUGACCAACACACGCGAAGGCGGUCACGCCCACUUUGAGUGCAAAAUUGAGCCCGUCACCGAUCCCAAUCUGAAGGUGGAGUGGUUCAAGAACGGUCGUCCCAUUACCGUGGGCCAUCGUUUCCGUCCCAUUCAUGACUUCGGGUACGUGGCCUUAGAUAUUGUUGGCUUGAUUGCUGAGGACUCCGGUAUUUACACCUGCCGCGCCGUCAAUUUGAUUGGCUCCGAUGAGACUCAGGUGGAGCUGCAAUGCCGCAGCGGCGAGCAAAUCGUCACAGUGACCCAGAACGAAGCUGGUCUCGAGCAGAUUCACUAUCUGGAGGAUCGCUCGCGCUACAGCCGCCGCGAGGAAGUCGACGAGACCACCAAGCAGGCGCCAGUGUUUACAACCUCCCUGAAGAACAUUGAAAUCAAGGAGAAUCAGCGUGCUCACUUUGAGUGCCGYUUGAUUCCCGUCUCCGAUCCUUCGAUGCGUGUGGAGUGGUACCACAAUAACAUGCCUCUGAAAUCGGGCUCGCGUUUCACUGAGACCAACAACUUUGGCUUCGUGGCCCUCGAUAUUAUGUCCACACUGCCCGAAGAUGCCGGCACCUACACCUGCCGUGCUUUCAAUGCUGUGGGCGAGGCCAUAACAUCUGCUGUUGCCGUGGUGCACACCAAGAAGUCCAUCUAUCUGGAGUCUCAGCACGAGACUGCAUUGCCGCGACUGCAGCACCUGGAGGAUGGCUCCAAGCGCCAGCGCGUCAGCGUACAGGAUGAGUUCGUUUCGCAGGCUCCGGUCUUUACCAUGCCCGUGCGGGAUGUGCGUGUGGCCGAGAACCAGGCGGUGCACUUUGAGGCCCGCCUUAUUCCCGUGGGCGAUCCCAAACUCACGGUCGAAUGGCUGCGCAACGGUCAGCCCAUUGAGGCGUCCAAUCGUACCACCACCAUGCACGAUUUUGGCUACGUGGCUCUGAACAUGAAGUAUGUGAAUCCUGAGGACUCUGGCACCUACACCUGCCGUGCGGUCAACGAGCUGGGUCAGGCUGUGACGUCUGCGUCGCUGAUUGUGCAGUCGAAGACUGCCAUUCAGAUGGAGACGCAGCACGAAGCUGCCAUGCACAAGAUCCAUCAGCUGGAGGAUCACAGCAAGUACCAGCGCCGUGAGGAGGAGGAAUACACCGUUACCACGGCGCCAAUGUUUGUCACCAAGCUGAUCGGACCCACCAAUCUGGUUGAGGGCCAGAGUGCCCACUACGAGUGCCGCAUCGAGCCCUACCCAGAUCCGAACCUGAAGGUCGAAUGGUUCCACAACGGCAAGCCCUUGAGCACCGGCCAUCGCUUCCGCACCACCUAUGACUUUGGYUUUGCCGCACUCGACAUCCUCACCGUCUAUGCGGAGGACAGCGGAGAAUACACUUGCCGUGUGACUAACAAUCUGGGCGAGGCCGUCAGCUCGAUCGCACUCAACGUCACUACCCGUUCGUCGAUUAUUCAUGAAACGCAGCAUGAGGAGGCUCUGCACAAGAUCCAGCAUCUGGAGGAUACCUCUCGCUUCCAGCGCAARCCUGAAGAGGAUCAGUUCCACGCUGAGCGCCCACAGUUUGGACGCCCACUGCGCAAUGCCAAGGUCAAUGAGGGCACACCCGUGCAUCUGGAGGCAACACUGAUCCCAGUUAAUGACCCCACCAUGAGGGUCGAGUGGUACUGCAAYGGCAGACCCAUCCAAACGGGUCACCGUUUCAAGACSACCUACGAUUUCGGCUUUGUCGCCUUGGACAUAUUGUACGCCCACGCCGAGGAUACCGGCACCUACAUGUGCAAGGCCAAGAAUGCUGUUGGGGAAGCUGUCACGACUUGUGCUGUAAACGUAACAGCAAAUAAGACACUGGAUCUGGAUACACUCGAUGCCCAGCGGCUGGAGAAGAUUCGUCAGCUCGAGAGCUAUGCGCCACCCGUAAAGGCCGAGGUGGAGGAGAAGGGGCAGAAGCCAAUUUUCCUCACUCCACUUAGCAAUCUGGAGCAUCUGAAGGAGGGCGAGCACGCCCACUUGGAGUGUCGCGUUGAGCCCAUCAACGAUCCCAACCUGAAGAUCGAAUGGUUCUGCAAUGGCAAGCAACUGCCCACCGGACAUCGUUAUCGCACCACCCACGACUUUGGCUACGUGGCCCUGGACAUUUUGUAUGUUUAUGGCGAGGACACUGGCACCUACAUGUGCAAGGCAACCAAUUUCCUGGGCGAAGCAGUCAACACCUGCAAUGUCCGUGUGCUGAACAGACGCAGCAUGAUUCUGGACACCCAGCACCCGGAUGCUUUGGAGAAGAUUCAGAAAUUGGAGUCCAAGGUUGUUACCACCCGCACCGAAGUCGGCGAUCAUCCAAUUGGCCCGCCCCACUUCACCGCAGAUCUGCGCGGCUCCACUGAGAUCUAUGAGGGCCAAACGGCUCACUUUGAGGCACAGGUGGCGCCAGUGCAUGAUCCCAACUUGCGCAUCGAGUUCUACCAUAAUGGCAAGCCUCUGCCAUCGGCUGCCCGCUUCCACAUCACCUUCGACUUUGGCUAUGUCUCCCUGGACAUUACGCAUGCCGUGGCCGAGGAUGCUGGCGAGUAUUCCGUGCGUGCUGUUAACGCUUUGGGUCAAGCCGUCUCUUCGACCAAUCUGCGCGUGAUUGCCCGCGGCACCAUUAUUUCGGACACCCAGCAUCCUGAGGGUCUGGAGAAGAUACGUAAGUUGGAGUCUACGGCACCACACCAGCGCCAGGAGGUCGAAACGCCUGGCACACGCCAGCGACCCAUGUUCACCCAACCAAUUCAAAACAUUGAUCGCAUCAAUGAGCACCAGACUGCCCACUUUGAGGCGCGCCUGAUUCCAGUGGGCGAUCCCAACUUGAAGGUCGAAUGGUAUCGCAAUGAGAAACUAAUCGAAGACAGCUCCAGAAUCACCAAGCAGCACGACUUUGGCUUUGUCUCCCUCGAUAUAUCGCACAUCCGCAAGGAGGAUGAGGGCGUCUACAUGUGCCGCGCUGUCAAUCCACUUGGCGAGGCCGUCACUACCGCCUCUAUGCGUGUGGUUACCGAGGCCACCAUCCAAAUGGAUACCCAGCAUCCAGACAGCAUUCGUCGUAUUCAUCAGCUGGAGAAGCCUCUGGCUCCACUACCCACCGAGCCUGAGCGCCUCUUCGAGAAGCCCAUCUUCACGCAGCUACUGACGGGUCCCUCCGAGGUAUGGGAGNUGCCCGUUGGUGAUCCCUCACUUAAGUUCGAGUGGUUCAUUAACGGCGUUGAGCUGCAAAUGGGCUCACGCCUGCGCACCACCCACGACUUUGGCUUUGUCACUCUCGACAUUGCCGCUGUGGUGCCUGAGGAUGCUGGUGUCUACAUGUGUCGCGCUUUCAAUGCCGCUGGCGAGGCUGUGUCCUCGACUGCCAUGAAGGUGAAGACCAGGGCCAACAUCGACGGACAGCCCCUGAUACCCGAGUCCUGGGAGGCCAUUCGUCUGAAGGAGGCCGCAAUGAACCGUGUGCCCGAAAUGUUUGUGGACUCUACGCCUCAGCAAGCUCCAGUGUUCACGACGCAUUUGCAGAGCUACGACAAGCUGCACGAGGGCCAGCAUGUUCAUCUGGAGGCUCAGGUGGAGCCUCGCGCCGAUCCUAAUCUGCGCAUUGAGUGGUUCAAAAACGGCAUCUCACUGACCACGGGCUCACGUAUACGCAGCACCUUCGACUUUGGACUGGUUACCUUGUCCAUCAAUGGACUGCGCGAGGAUGACUCCGCUAUUUACACCUGCAAGGCCACCAACCAGGUGGGCGAGGCUGUGUCGACCUCAUCGCUCAAGAUCGAAGAUCGUCAUUGGCUACAAGCGGAGUCCUUGCAUCCGGACUCAUUGCCACGCAUUGGCGAGCUGGAGGCGCCAAAACCGGUUCGUAAGGACGCACCAGAGCCCACAUACGAGACUCCGGUAUUCAUCACGCAUCUGAACAACAUCGAGUGCAAGGAGACGGACAGCGUUCGCUUUGAGUGCAACGUGGAGCCGGCCCGUGAUCCCACCAUGAAUAUCGAAUGGUACUACAAUGGCCAACCGUUGCAGGCAGCUGCCAAAUUCAAGUCCAUUUACGACUUUGGCUACUGCGCCCUGGACCUGAAUAACUCGUAUGCCGAGAACAGCGGCAUCUACACUUGCAAGGCCACAAACAGCAAGGGCUCGGCCACUACCUCGGGCACAUUAAAGUGCACAGGCGGCAAGACCAUGUUCCUGGACACUCAGCAUCCACAGGGCGAGAGCGGACUGGAGGCUGUGCAAGAAACAGAAGAAGCAUUGGCCAAUCGCUAUGCCCAGAAGCCAAACAAGCCAGAAACUCAAUACCCAGCACCAGUCUGGACGAGGCCAUUGCAGCAGGAGUUCCAUCUAUCCGAGGCGCAGCCGAUCCAUUUGGAGGCCAACGUGGAGCCGAAGGAGGAUCCAAAUCUGUUCAUCGAAUGGUACUUCAAUGGCAAGCUGCUGCAGCAUGGCUCACGCUUUAAGAUGACCAGCGAGUUUGGCUUCGUCACCAUGGACAUGACUGAGGUGUACUCUAGAGAUCAGGGCAUCUACACUUGCAAGGCCUAUAACAGGGCUGGCGAGGCUUUCACUUCCACCACCAUAUUCUGCUCAAGCAAGGACAGCAUCAUUGAAGCCACACAGCAUCCCAAGGGYGCWGAAGGUCUGGAACAGAUUCAGGACUUGGAGGAGUCACUACGCAAGGAYGGCAGCAAGCCGGAGCAGCCCGAGCAGGGCAUUGCACCACGCUUCACCACCGAAUUCGUUAACAUUGCUGACAUUGGUGAAGGUGAGUUGGCCCAUUUCGAGGCCAAUCUCAUUCCUCUGGGCGAUCAGAGCAUGGUCAUUGAAUGGUUCUUCAAUGGCAAAGUUCUUGAGGCCAGCCACCGCGUGCGCACCAUCUACGCCUUUGGCACCGUCGCCCUGGAAGUGCUGGGCACCAAGAUCGAGGACACCGGCACAUACACCUGCCGUGCCACCAACAAAUACGGCUCAGCUGAGAUCAGCUGCACGCUGGAGUGUGUCGACAAGCCUCGUGGCCAGAAACCGCACUUCACGUCGCACAUUCAGCCGCUGCAGGGCCUGAAGGAUGGCCAGUCCGCUCACUUCGAGUGCACCUUGAUUCCGGUUAAUGAUCCGGAUCUUAAGGUCGAGUGGUACCACAAUGGCAAGCUGCUCCGUCACUCAAACCGCAUCAAAACGGUAUCCGACUUUGGCUACGUGGUCCUCGAUAUUGCCUAYCUGCAGGAUCACGAYAGUGGCGAAUAYGUUUGCCGCGCCUACAAYAAGUACGGCGAGGACUUCACUCGCACCACUCUUAACUGUGGUGGUCGCGGUGGCGUGUUCUACGACAGCUUGCAGCCUGAUUCUCUCCAAMGRAUCCGUGAGCUGGAGUGCCCGCAGGGCCAGCAAGCGGACAGUGGUGCUCCAGUGGUUGCCGAGCCACCCAAGUUCAUCACACAAAUCAGUGAUGUCACCAAGCUGGUGGAGGGCCAGAGCGCUCACUUUGAGGCGCGCUUGACGCCCAUUACCGAUCCCGACUUGGUGGUCGAGUGGUAUUUCAAUGGCAAGAAGCUGCCCCAUGGCCAUCGCUUCCGCACUUUCCACGACUUUGGCAUUGUCAUCCUGGAUAUCCUGUAUUGCUAUGAGGAGAACUCUGGUGUUUAUGAGUGCCGCGCCUACAACAAAUAUGGCGAGGAUGUCACCCGCGCCAGCCUGAAGUGCGCCUCCAAGGCCAGCCUGAUCUUGGACUCCCAGCUGCCACGUGGCAUGGAGGGCGGUCUGGAGAAGAUUGCCAAUCUGGAGUAUAGCAUGGUGCGUACCCGCGAGGAGACCACCGAGGAGACCAGAGGCAAGGCACCAGUGUUCACUGUGCCCCUGGAGAACAUUGACAAUCUGCGCGAGGGCGAGAACGCUCACUUUGAGGCUCGCAUCACGCCUGCUGAUGACCCCAAGCUGAAGGUGGAGUGGUACUGGAAUGGCCGUCCAUUGAAGGCUGGCUCUCGGUUCCGCACUUUCUGCGACUUUGGUUUCGUUAUUCUGGAAAUUUCUCCAGUCUACCCGGAGGAYUCUGGUGAAUACUCGUGCCGUGCCAUCAAUGAGUAUGGUGAGGCAGUGACYAGCGCAACAAUGAAGAUUCAAGGCAAGCGUAGCAUCAUUAUGGAAUCGCAGCUGCCCAAGGGCAUGGAAGGCACCAUCGAUCGCAUCGCUGAGCUGGAAGGUCUGGGCUCUCGCAGCACAGAGUUUGUGCCGGAGGACGAUACAGGCAAGCCACCCGAGUUCAUUACGACACCAUUCGACAUGGUCAUCGGAGAGAACUCGCUGGCCCACUUCGAGUGUCGCCUGCAGCCCAUCAACGAUCCGUCCAUGCGCGUGGACUGGUUCCACAACGGCAAGGCCUUGUGGGCCGGCUCCCGCAUCAAGACCAUCAACGACUUUGGCUUUGUCAUCCUGGAGAUCGCCGGCUGCUAYCARCGAGAUACGGGUCUGUAUACCUGCAAGGCAACCAACAAGCACGGCGAGGCCACCGUCUCCUGCAAAUUGCAGGUCAAGGGUCGCCAGGGCAUUGUCAUGGAGCCGCAGCUGCCCUCGAACUUCCGCACUGGCACUGAGAGCCUGCAGAAGCUGGAAGAGAAYAUGCACAAGCGUGAAGAGAUGGUCAUCGAUGAGGAGCAGCCAAAUCCACCCAAGUUCAUUGAGGAGAUCAAGGACAACUUGGACGUGCCCGAGGGCGGACCAAUUCACUUCGAUUGCCGCGUAGAGCCCGUUGGUGAUCCAACAAUGCGCAUUGAAUGGUACUACAAUGGCCGCGUCAUGGCCACUGGCUCCAGAGUUCAUCAACUGAACGACUUUGGCUUCAUUGCAUUGGAUAUUGACUACAUCUAUGCCAGGGACUCUGGCGAAUAUACCUGCCGCGCCACCAACAAGUGGGGCAGUGCCACCACCACCGCCAAGGUCACCUGCAAGGGCAAGCACAGCAUUGUCUACGAAUCACAGCUGCCCGAGGGCAUGACCGCCGAGAAGUUGAAGGAACUGGAACGUGGACGCAUACCAGAGGCACCCAAGGUUGUCGAAGARCAGUACGGACCACCGAAGUUCAUCACCCAGAUCGCAUCCUGCACMGCCGAGGAGUCUGAAGCUGUYCGAUUCGAGUGCCAAGUGGAGCCAAAGACCGAUCCCAAUCUGCGCGUUGAAUGGUAUCGCAAUGGCAAGCCUUUGCCACUGGGUCAUCGCUAUAGGAACGUCUUCGACAUGGGCUUCGUCUCGCUGGAUAUUUUGUAUGUGUACAGCGACGACUCUGGUGAAUACGUUUGCCGUGCCGUCAACAAGUACGGCGAAGAUCGCACCAAGGCCACCGUCUCCUGCAAGAAAUUGCCUACGAUUCUGCUGCAAAAUCAAGUGCCACGUGGCAUGAAGCGCUCGGAAACGCUCACCCAAAUGGAGGCCACCAUCAAGAAGUACACCUCUGAGGUGCAUUUGACCGAGGAUGAUCUCUUCGAUCCCGAUCGYAAGCAGCCUCCUCGCUUUGUCACGCAGAUCAAGGAGCAGCUGACGCUGACGGAAAUGGCUAAGACUAAGUUUGAGUGCCAGUUGGCGCCUGUGGGUGAUCCGAACAUGAAGGUCGAAUGGUUCUUCAAUGGCAAGCCCUUGCUCUACAAGAACCGCUUCCAGCCCAUUUACGACUUCGGCUAUGUCGCCAUGAAUUUCGGCUGGGUUUAUCCCGAGGACAGUGGCGAAUAUGUCUGCCGCGCCACGAACUUGUAUGGCAUGGAUGAGACUCGUGCCAUCAUCAAGGUAUCCGGCAAGCCGGGCAUUGUCUACGACUCCCAGCUGCCUGCCCAUAUGCAGAGCAUCGAUCGCAUUCGCGAAAUGGAAGCUUCCUGGCAAGUUGUACCCGAAGAAGCUGACCCCGAUGCCAAGCCCAGAACGAAACCAGUGUUCGUUAGCAAGCUGGAGCCGCAGACGGUCGAGGAGGGCGAACCAGCCAGAUUCUGUGUGCGUGUCACCGGUCAUCCACGUCCUCGUGUCAUGUGGCUGAUCAACGGCCACACUGUUGUUCAUGGCUCGCGUUACAAGCUGACCAACGAUGGCAUGUUCCAUCUUGAUAUACCCAAGACGCGUCAAUAUGAUACCGGCAAGGUAGAGGUUAUAGCGCGCAAUUCUGUGGGCGAAUCGAUUGCUUCGACCGAACUGAAUGUUGUCGCACGCUCUGAUGACUACCGCAAUGUUCUCAAGAACUCACCACGCCGCAUCGUUGGAUCAAAGGAUUAUCGCAAGCCAGAAUGGGUGACCCACAUGGAAGAGAUGCAAGUCGCUCUCAAAGGUGAAGCACCCGAGGCUUAUAAGGAUUAUMACAUAAGCAUAAUUGAUGAAGAGCCUGAAGAAAAAGAAGAGCAGCCUGAGAAAAUUUUGGAAGUUAGAGUGAUCGAUGAGGUUGCCGAAAUCGAAGAGUCUCAACCAAUCGUCGAAGAAGAAGAGGAGGAUGAGAGGCCGACUACUGAAAGCACUGUGGAGGAUGUCACAAAGCCAAAGACUAAGAAAAAGAAGGUGGUGAAAAAGAAGACUAAUGAGCACGACGAAUUAAUACAAAAACUGCUUGAGCAAGAAAUCGAGAAAACGGAAUUGGAGAAAUAUGAGAAGAUCGAUUUCGAUGUUCCCAAGAAACUGAAGCCAGAGUUUGCUAGUCUCGAACCAAUGAAAAUUGAAAGAAAAGAGCAGAAGCCAACAAAGGUCACAAUCGUUGAGGCCACUGAAGUACCGAAGACGGUGAAGCUAAAGCCGGGAAAACGCAAGGAAAAACCAGCAGAAGAACAAACUGUACAGCUUCCCAAAUUCAGACUUAAAACUCGCAUGGUUAURGUUGAGUACCCGCCAGCACCACUCAUACCAAAGCUAAGCCAUAUUGGCGCAGUUAAGCAGAAUGGUGACCUUUCUCGCAAUAUUGAAGAAGCAGAAAACCUACUUAAGUUCAAGCCACACAAGACCAAGAAGAUUAGGAAAAUAAAGGAUGACUUGGAGAAGGUUGAGCUUGAAAAGUAUGAAAAGUAUGUUAGUAGCGAGGAGGAACCUGAAGAAAAGCAACCUUACCAAAAACCUGAAAAGGUGCCAAAACCAGAAGAAAGUCCCGAAGAUGCAAAGCUUAAGAUUGGCAAGGGUAAGAAGAAACCGAAAGAAGAAGAAUCUCCAGAAAAUGUUACACUGAAAAAGAUACCACAAAAGCCCAAGGAAGCUGAAGAAGAAUUUGAAGCAAAACCUAAAGAAAAGGCCGAGGUUACAGUCGUGGAGCAACCAAAGGUGCCAAGGGAACAGGAUAUACAGGUUGAACCAUUUGAGCCCAUUGAUUAUGAGCAACCUGAAUACGUUCCAGAAGAACUUGAACAAGUCGAUCAGCCGGAGAAACCAGAAAAGCAGAAGAAGCCCAGUAAAACCAAAUAUAAGCCCAAGGAAAAAACAAAGCCUGAACCGGAAACGAUUAUUACAGAAAUCGUACCUGGAAAGCCCAAAGAAGAAGAAGAAGUUCCCGAARCUGAAAUUAAGUUCCGCAAGCCCGAAAGUGAAGCGCCUGAAGAAACUGAUUCUCAAGUGAAGUUGAAACCAUUCAAGAAGACUGUUGAGGAGCCAGUAGUUGAAGAUACUAYUGCAGAGGCAACGGUAACGGAGCCCACGCCAGAAGAGAAGGUAGUCACACCUCAAGAUGAAGUCAAGAAGACGAAGAAAUCAAAGCCGAAGCCCAAACAACAACAGGAGGAGGAAGUAACAGAAGAGCAACAGCCAGAAUUUGAAAUAUCAGUUAGGGAAGAAGAAGCCAUUGCUGAGAAGCUCGAAGAUGUCGAAAAGCCCAAAGAAGUAAAAGUGAAACAAAAGAAACCGAAAGAAGCUCCAAAAGCUGAAGUUGAUAUCGUCGAGGAGCUGCCACAGCCAACUGAAGCUCCUGAAGAUAUACCAGUGGAGUACAGAAUCACCACAACUGUCCUGGAACCCGAAGAAGUGCCAAAGGAACAUCAAGUUAAGGUGAUUGACUUUGACGAAAAGGAAAUAACCACUGAGGAAAUAGUGGAAGAAAAGGUUGUGACCAGGAAGAAGAAGCCUAAGCCGGAACAGCCAGAAGAGUUCAAAGUCACUCUACAGGAGCCACAACAAAUACAGCCUGAACCCGAAGAGGCAAUUGCCGAGGUUGUGCUACCCGUUCAGAAGCCUCAGCCAGAAAAUGAAGAAUUCGAAGUCGAAUUAAAGAUAACUGAACCACAACCUGAGGAAACUGAAGUCGUUGUAAAGAAGAAGUCGAAAAAGAAGCCAGUUGAAAAGUCAGUGGAGGUUGUCGAAGAUGUAGUGAACAUUGUGGAAGCUCAACCUGAGGAGCAAAGAGAAGAAGACAUCGUGRUUGUGGAAGAAGAAGAAAAGGUUGAAGAAUCACAACCAAAAUCUUUCGAAUUCCAAGUCACUGAAACUGAAGCUCCUCAAAUAAAACCGGCAGAAGUAAUUGAGGAAAAACCAAAAGAAAAGUUGAAAAAGCCAGCUCCGAAAGUAGAAGAGAAGUUUGACUCUUAUGAAAUUUCCAUUAAGGAAUCAGAAGCGGAAAAAGUAAUCCAGCAGGAAGAGCAGCCUACCGAAGAUGUUCCUGACGAAGUAACAUUUAUUCCACUGCCAAAGCAACCUGAACAAGUCGAGGCCGCGUUUGUCCUCACAGAACCAAAGCCGACUGAAGAGAGUCAUGUGGAAGCUGAAAUAAAACCAAAGAAAACAAAGAAGCCAAAGAAAACUGAAGAGGCUAUAACUCAGGAUGUAAAGGUUGUUGAAGAAGUGGUAGCUCCAAAAGAAAUUGUAGUUGAAGAACAGCAAAUUGAAAUUGUUGAAAAAGAAACUGUUCCAGUUGAAGAAACACCAAAGGAAUAUACAAUUCGAGUAUCUGAUUCACAAAUUGAACAGCCAGAAGAACCAACUGCAGCCGAAUUUACUGUUAAAAAGGCAAAGCCUUCCAUUGCUGCUACCGAAGAACCGGAAGCCGAGUUUGUGCUUAAGGAAAGCAAACCUGUGGAAGAGGUUACCGAGGUAGCAGAAAUCAAGACAAAGAAACCUAAAAAGAAGGUCAAGGAGGUUGCAGCAGAAGAAUUAAAGAUCCAAAUCACGGAAGAAACACCACAAGAAGUUCCUGUCGUGGAAGAAAUUGAGGAAGUUGUGGAAGAAAUUAAAGAGACUGUUCCUACUGUUGAAUAUAAGUCGUAUGAAAUUGGUGUGAAGGAAACUGAAGCUGAAAAGCCCGCUGAAGAGAUAGUAGUUGAAGAGCCCUUGGUAGAAGAGCCCCAAAUCGAAGAAACGGCACCUACUGUUGAACACAAAUCAUAUAAAAUAGGUGUGAAAGAAUCAGUUGUUGAAAAGCCUAUAGAGAAAGUACCAUCAGAAGAGCAAUUAGUUGAAGAGCCUAUAACUGAAGAACCAGAAACCUUCGAAGAGCUUAAAGUCAGAGUGAUUGAAGAAACACCCCGUGAAGUUGUCGAGGAAGUUCUCGAAGAGAGUGUUAAGGUUCACCGCAAGAAGAAGCCAAAACCAGCGGUAACAGAAGAGCCUGAGGCUCAAGUAAGCAUUCCUGCYCCAACAUCGGUGGAUGAUGUGGAGGCUGUCCAAAGUGUUACUAUUGUACCCGAAAUCCCAACAGAAGAGGAAGCUGCUGAGCUAAAGAUAACUGUUAUUGACGAGGUUUCUGAGCCACAAGAGCUUGUUCAGGAGAUUGAGGAAAUCGAAACAGUGGAAGAAGAAGUUCCUGAACCAGUACCUGAAGAAAAGCCGAAGGACUAUCAGUUUAGCAUUAAAGAAUCUGAGGCACGAAAAGAAACUAUCGAGGAAUUGUCAGAAGAACAAGUAACAAUUCCAAAGAAGAAAAAGGUUCAAGAGCAAAAAGAAACUGUCGAGGAAUUACCGGAAGAGCAAUUCACUAUUCAAAAGAAGAAGAAGACUGAGCCUGAGGUUGUAGAAGAGCCUGAAGCYGUUUUUGAAAUAAAACAAAAACAACCWGUUGAAGAGGUUACAGAAGAGGCGAAAAUUAAGAAGAAGACGAAGAAACCCGUAAAACAGGAUGAAGCAGCUGCAGAGCUCAGUGUCACUGUGACUGAGGAAUCUGCUCCAGAGCCUGAGGUAGUUGAAAUUGUGGAAGAAAUUGAGGAGAAACCAGAAGAAAAGCCUGAGGAAAAACCAGUCGAGCAGCCCACCGAGUAUCAGUUCACAGUCAAGGAAACCCAACCUGAAGCUCCAGCAGAAGAAGAGACUGAAGAUAUUCAAGAGGUACAAUUGCCAAAGAAAACGCCAAAGAUUCCUGAAGUGACUGAAGAGCCUGAAGCCGAAGUUACACUCAAACCCAAACCAAAAAUUAAGAAACCCAAAGCUCCUGAAGAAGAAGAGGAGGUCGUUGCUGAAGUUACUUUGAAGCCAAAGGCACCAAAGGAAGUACAGGAAGAAGACUUCUCAGUAGAUGUUAAGUUGCCAACAGAAAAGAAGGUUACAGAGGAAACAUCCGACCAAACUGUGCAGCUCAAGAAGAAGAAGAAGCCUCAAAAACCAACAGAAGAAGCUGCAGAUGAGCUGCAACUUACGCAAACUGUUAUUGAGGAGAGACCAGUUGAGAUUGAAGAGGAGGAAGUCGUUGAAGAAGCAGUUGUAAUACGAAGGAAACCAAAGAAGCCAUUCGAGCCAACUGUUGAAGAUCUCGAAGAAACUGAAUUCAGUCUCUCAUUCAAAAAGCCACAUACUAUUACCGAAGGCGUUGAAGAAGCAGCUACAGUUCUUAAGAAACGACCAGUGAAGCCUCAAACCCUCGAUGAAGCUGGAGCGGAAUUGUCCAUAAAGCGACUGGAAGAAGAAUACGAAGAAGGCGAUGACGUUGAAGAAUUUGUGGUUAGCCAAAGGCCCAAACCAAAACAAUUGCAAAUCACUGACGAAGAAGACCAAGAGUACACUAUUAAGAAGCUCAAACGUCGCAAGAAGGUGGAUAUUCCAGAGUUCUCUGAUGUCGAGAAUGUUACUUUCCGGGCAAAGUCCACGAAGACUAAAGAAGAUGUGGACCAAGAGUUUAAUAUUGCUCUUGACUCUUAUGCCGAAGAAGAAGUGUCAAUGUCUGGUAAAGUGAAAGUUAAGAAACCAAUUAAGAAGACCUACUCUGAAGCCAGUGAUGAGGCUAGAAUUAAAAUUGUGCAAGAUUAUGAUGAUGGAGAAGGUCCAAUAAUUGAAGAAAUCCACGACGACGAAGAUACCAUCGACGAGGUCGAGGAGCCWGAAGAGUACAUGGUUGAAGAGCUACCACCAGAUGAGGUUGACUUCAAGCUGAAACCUAAGAAACACCCCAAGCCACAUUAUUCAGUCCAAGACGAAGAAGAAGAGCAAUUCCUUAUUGGCCUUCGACAUGCCAAACGUGAUUCAAUUACGUAUGAUGAAGAUUCUCUAACAUUCAAAAAGAAGCGUAAAGUUGUGCAACAGCUGUUCAAUGAAGAUGGCGCUUCUCUUAACAUUACCAGAGAAAUGGAUGUGGAUGAAUCUCAAGUCGAGAACAUCAUGUACUCUAUCUGCAAUUACAUUGCCGAUAACGACGAAGCUAUUAAUUUGGUAGAAGGUGAAAAGGUACAGGUCAUUGGACGUCAUAGCUCCGAGUGGUGGUAUGUCAAGAAGAGCAUUACCGAGGAAGAAGGUUGGGUGCCAGCACAAUAUCUUAUGGAGCCCGCGGAGUACGCCCAAUACGUGCAGAAUAAGCUGCACGAGAAGAUCGAUAAGCUACCCGUAUUUGAAAGACCUGGACCGCAAGACAAGCCGAUUGCACCGCGUUUCAUUGAAAAGUUGCAACCAAUUCAUACGCCUGACGGUUAUACAGUGCAAUUCGAAUGCAAGGUCGAAGGCAAUCCCCGACCGCAAAUCGCUUGGUUCCGSGAGACAGCCAUUAUAAAGCCCUCACAAGACUUCCAAAUGUUCUACGAUGAGGACAAUGUGGCCACACUGAUCAUUCGUGAAGUCUUCCCCGAAGACGCUGGCAAGUUCACUUGCGUGGCCAAGAAUGCCGCUGGCUUCACUUCCAGUACAACAGAGUUAAUUGUCGAGAGUCCGUUGUCGGAUCACGGCUCAGAUGCCACGGCACUCUCGCGCAGAAGCAUGUCACGUGAGUCUUCCAUGGCCGAUAUUCUCGAGGGCAUUCCGCCGACAUUCUCGCGCAAGCCCAAGGCUCAAUAUGUCGAUGAAGGUACCAAUGUAAUCUUGGAGUGCCGCCUUGUUGCGGUGCCCGAGCCUGACAUCGUUUGGACCUUCAAUGGGGAAGACAUUGACGAGGAAGAGAUUAAGAAUGUUCGAAUUGUAACCGAAUCGGAUAUGCAUAUGUAUUGUAGUGUGGUGCAUAUUACAAAGGUUAAGAAAUCACAGGAGGGCGUAUACGAAGUGAUUGCCACAAAUCGCGAAGGCGAAGCUCGUCUGCCUAUCACACUGAAGGUACGAACUUCGGACAAGGAGGCUCCACAAAUUCUGGAGCCCCUGCGCAAUAUGGUUAUACGCGAGGGCGAAAGCGUUGUGCURUCGACACAAAUUGUAGGCAAUCCAGCGCCAAAGGUAACGUGGUACAAGGAUGGCAAGCCCAUCAAGAAUGCCAAGUCAGACAAAGACCUCCACACCCUAACACUGAUAACGCCCAAAAAGUCGGAGAAGGGCGAGUACACAGUCAAGGCCGUCAAUCCAUUGGGCAGUGUAGAAACCACUGCUUAUCUUACAAUUGAAGAACCGACGAGUGGCAAUGCAGAGCCUCCAUUAUUUGUGGAGCGCUUUGAGGAGCAAUCGGUGCCACAAAAGGGCGAGAUUCACUUGCCUGCUAAGGUCUCUGGCAAUCCAGUGCCUGAGGUGCAAUGGCUUUUCAACAACAAUCCCCUGUAUACCGACGAGCGAAUCCAACAGAUCUACGAUGGUGAAAAUAUUGAGCUCAUUAUCAAGGAUGCCAAUCCGGAAACUGAUUCGGGUGACUACAAGUGCAUCGCCAGCAAUCCCAUUGGCAAAACAUCGCACGGUGCGCGUGUGAUUGUUGAAGUCGAUGAGGUGACCUUUACCAAGAAAUUAAAGAAGACCAUUACCAUUGAGGAGGUGCAGUCUCUGACUCUUGAGUGCGAGACCUCUCAUGUGGUGUCCACCAAAUGGUUCUUCAAUGGCAAAGAGCUGAGCGGCAUGGAUCAUCGCGUUGUCGUCGAGGAUGGCAAGACGCACAAGUUGGUCAUCCGGAACACAAACCUACGCGAUUCUGGUACUUAUGUGUGCAAGGUCAAGAAGCAAGAGACACAAUCAACUGUGGAAGUGCUGCAGCGUAAGCCGGACUUCCUUAAGGUGCUAGAGGAUUAUGAGGUCACCGAAAAGGACACGGCGAUUCUGGAUGUUGAGCUGACAACCGAAGCCGUGGAGGUCACCUGGUACAAGGAUGGCGAGAAAAUUAUGCCAGAAAACAAAAACUGCGAAUUCAUCAAGGAUGGCAAAUCAAGACGCUUGGUAAUACGCGAUACCACAAUUCAUGAUGAGGGCGAGUACACGUGCAAGCUGGAGGGCCAGGAGUGCAGCGCCGAGCUGACUGUCAUUGAGCUGCCACCAGAGAUUGUGAAGCACUUGGAGGACGUGAACGUCACCAAGGGCGAGAAUGCCAURUUCGAUAUUGAGCUGAGCAAGGGCGAUGCUCUGGUAAAAUGGUUCAAGAACGGCAAGGAAAUCAAGUUCAAUGAACGCAUUCAACUGACGAUUGAUGGUAAGAAGCAGUCGCUACGCAUUCUUAAGGCUAAGCCUGAAGAUGUGGGCGAAUAUACCAUUCAAGUUGGCGACCAGGUCUCCAAGGCAAAACUGACAGUUGAGGAGCCUUUGGUAGACUUUGUACUGCGUUUGCCAGAUGUCACGCUGGCCACCAAGACCACAGAUGCUGAAUUCACCGUUGAGCUCUCCCAGCCCGAUGUCGAAGUUACCUGGCACAAGAAGGGAAAACCCAUCAAGCCCAACAAGAAGCAUGAAGUGUUUGUUGAGGGCACCGUCAGACGCCUGGUCAUCCAUGAUGCCGACGAUGAUGAUGCGGGCGAGAUCAGCUGUGUUGCCGAAAACGUCACAAGCAGCAGCAAGCUAUGCGUUGAGGAGCUUAAACUGCCGCCCGUGAUUACCUCUGACAAGGAUCAAACCAUCAAAGUGAAGGAGAACGAAGACGCCACAUUCACUGUCAAGUACACCGGAGCGCCCACACCCGAGGCCGAGUGGACCUCWCGCAAGGUUGUCAUUCCCAAGUCAAAGCGUACUAUACCCACAAUUGAUGAGCAAUCCGCAACGCUGACCAUCAAGAAGGUUGUCGACGAUGACGAGGGCGAGUACACUGUUAAACUUGUGAAUCCUGUGGGCGAGGCAGAGGCCAGCCUGCACUUGCUCAUUAUGCGUAAACCCGCGGCGCCAGGCACGCCACAGCCUCUGGAGGUGAUGCACGAUUCAAUAACGCUUUAUUGGAAGGCGCCUGAAGAUGAUGGCAAAUCUGAAAUCAUUGAAUACAUUCUGGAGUAUCAUGAUGUGAAAGAAGAAAAAUGGACUGAGAUACGCAAGAUUAAGGACACAACUUACACCAUCAGCAAGCUGAAGAUCGAUACGGAGUACGUGUUCCGCUCGAUUGCCGUCAACGAAGUUGGUCCAUCCCCGCCCUCACCCAUCUCGUCRCCCAUACGCCUGGUGCCAAAGGUUGAGACCGAAGCACCCAGCGUACGRGAGCCUCUGCAGGAUAUUGUYAGCGAUCUGAACAAGGAGGUGACCAUGUCCUGUGUGUUYGGCGGCAUUCCAGAGCCAACUGUCACAUGGAAGAAGAAUGGCGAAGUAUUUGAGUCGAGCAGCGUGCGCUACGAGAAUCGCGUUGCCAAAUACACAAUUGAAAAGACAACUAUUGAGACUGAGGCCACCUACACGUGCGUGGCCACGAAUGAGAAGGGCUCCGUGGAGACGUCGUGCAGACUGAAGCUGCAGCAGAAGCCAACCGUUGAAAUCGAGGACAAAUACUUGUCCCAGAAAYUGCGCACUGGCAGCACUCUCACCAUUCCGGCAACAGUUCGCGGCUAUCCACAGCCGACUGUGACCUGGCACAAGGAGACGGUCGAACAGAAGUCCACCAAGGAAGUCACGAUCGAAACCACAGAGACCAGUUCCACCUAUACCGUUAAGAAGGUAACUCGCGAACACUCUGGSCGCUACAAGGUGACGGCCAGCAAUGAAUCGGGCUCCAGCUACGCGGAGUGCACGGUUCAAGUGAUCGACAAGCCCAGCAGGCCACAGUCCCUGGAGGUUAAGGACGUCAAAAAGGACUCGAUCAUCCUGGAAUGGACGCCACCAGUCGACGAUGGCGGCAUGGAGAUUAAGCAGUAUACGCUGGAGAAAUGCGAUCUACAGAACAAAGUUUGGAUGAAGGUUUCCGACUUCGACAAGGACAUCAACUCGUAUGCCAUUCAAAAACUUUCCAUGAAUGCACAGUACAUGUUCAGAGUGGUGGCUGUCAAUCCCAUAGGCGAAUCUGAACCAACAGAGAGUGAGCCUGUGACCAUAACCAGGAAGUUUGAGAAACCAACUCCACCACGUGAUCCCACGUCGGUGUCUGGCAUGAACGACACUUCGUUCACAUUGUCUUGGGAGCCGUCGGAGAGCGACGGUGGCUCCAAGAUAAUUGAGUACAUUGUGGAAAUAAGGGAAGAGACUGAAACCGUUUAUCGCUCCUUGGGCACUACGACGGGCACUGUAACAAACAUUCAAGUUGACAACGUUGUGAGAAACAAGGGCUAUCUGUUCCGAAUCUACGCUCGAAACGAGGUUGGCACCAGCGAUGCGUUCGAGACAACUGAGAAGAUUGUCGUUGGACGCAAGAUAACGCCGCCUUCGCCUCCGCAAAAUCUGAGAGCGCCGGAUGUGACGAGCCGCAGCGUAACACUCGACUGGGAGGUGCCAGCUCGAAAUGGAGGUUCCGAAAUCACAGGCUAUUGCGUGGAGAAGCGCUCUUCAACAUCGACCAGCUGGACAAAGGUCAUCACCCUGGAUGCCCAUCAGCUGCAUUACACCAUAGACAAUCUGAAGGACAAGUGCGAGUAUUGGUUCCGUGUGUCAGCGGAGAACGAGGUUGGAUUAGGUGCGCCAGCCGUCACGGAGAGCAUAUCGCUGAAGACACACGCAACUGUACCAUCGCCACCGACUGCUCCACUGGAGGCCCGAGUGCUAGCGGCCAAUGCACACGUAUUCGAAUGGGGUAUACCCGAGUCAGAUGGUGGUGCGCCACUGCUCGGCUACCACAUUGCCAUACGUGACAUGAAGAAGUCCAUGUGGAUUGAGGUCGGUCGGGUGCCAGCCGGGGUGCAGAAAUUCCAGAUAAGAGACCUGCAAGAGAAUCACGAAUACAUGAUACGCAUUCUCGCCAAGAACGAGAUUGGCCUGAGUGAGCCGCUCGAAUCGGAGGAGCCCUACAAAGUGAUGACAGCCGGUCAUGCCAGCCUGCCCGACGAGCCGCGCACAGAGAUGAGCACAUGCAACACAUCCUCCUGGCUGCGGGAUCACAAUAUGGAUGCGGACAUACACUCGUAUGCCCGGGGCAGGCUGCUUCAACGCGACGAGUACUUCUUCCGGCUCUGGGCGCAAAUGCCCAAGAAGAAGAAGGGCUCCAAAUAGACAGAGACAUGAACGUAAACCAACAUAAAUAGCCAUGACAAAACGAAUGAAACUUAGGUUAGGUUAAGCUUAUUUCAAUUGUACUUUAAUGAAUUCUUGACUUUUUAUUUAGCUUCUUUUUUAGCUUUUUUUGUACUCGUAAUACACCCAUUGUAAAGGGCAUGUAAUGUUCGGCAUAUGCUAUGCGUCCGGCAACAGCGAUGUUCACGAAACUGAGACAGACUGGGGCGAGCGAAGACAAACUUGAUGUUUGAGUGCGUGAACGUGGCUGUUGGCCUGUGAGCUCAUUGGCCCAUUACAUAAACUAUGAAAGGAAUUUCUUUAUAAUUUGCAUAAAUUCGUAUGAUUUCCUGCGCUUUAUUUUUGUAAGCUGUGAUAAAUUUAUCAAAUUCGAAAGCGUCAAACGAUAAAAUGCCAUGACAUUUGCGCCAGCACACGACGCGCAUCGGGCACAGGACAGUCAACGGACAACAGCCAACAACCGACAUCCAAUAGCAACAGCUAUAGCAACAACAACAACAACAACAACAACAACAACAGCAACAGGAACAGCCACAAGAACACAACGCAAGUGAUUCAAUAUCCUCUAGGGAGACAAACAACAAAUGGUGCAAUUCGAUAUGAGUUACGAGUACGCUGUGUGCCUGUGUGUGUGUAUCUGUCUGUCUGGGUGUGUGUGUGUGUGUUUGUUGUGUUGUGUUGUGCGUCGCGCUGACUGUCCCUUGCCCUUGCCGUGUGCUUGCUGUGUGAGCAAAUUUAUGACAUCCAGAGGGUUACAUAACUAUACUUCUAUACAUAUAUUUUGUGGAAGAGCCCAACAUGACUUUAAACUGAGAAGAAAAAAAGAAAGAAAGAAAGAAAACAAAUGAAAAAUAAAAUAAAUAUGAAUGAAUUUUGAACG